UGCACCCAUUAACGUGCUGCUCAGUGCGGAGGUCGGAGGUUGGCCGUGUGCAGCGGCUCGGAUCCGCAGCCAGCGCUGCCGAGCAUGAGGUUCAGUGCAUGGCGCUGCGUGGGGAGGCAGCGGCUGCAGUCGUCGGCCGGGAGUGGCCACAGGCAGCUGUCGGCCUCCUCCCCCUGGCAGUGCCCCGAUCUCCCUCCCCCCGACAUCCCGGAGCUGUUGGCGCCGGACGGCCAGAGCCGGGCCGGCCGUCCUGACAAGCGCCGUCCUCGCCAAAGCUCGCUGCUGCUCUUCCCCGGCCAGGGCAGCCAGUUCGUGGGAAUGGCCGAAGGUCUGGAGAGGUACCAUAGCGUCAGGCAGAUGUUCGAGGCCGCCCACAAGAUCUUGGGCUACGACCUGCUCUCCUUGUGUGUGAACGGGCCGCAGGAAGAGUUAAAUAAAACGGUUCACUGUCAGCCCGCCGUCUUUGUCACGUCCUUGGCGGCGGUGGAAAGACUCAAUUCUGAAAACCCUGAAGCGGUAGAGAGGUGUGUUGGAGCUGCAGGAUUCAGUGUGGGAGAGUUUGCUGCGCUGGUGUUUGCAGGGGCAUUGGACUUUGCUGAAGCUCUCUAUGCAGUGAAGAUACGGGCAGAGGCCAUGCAGGAGGCAUCAGACUCCAUUCCCAGUGGUAUGUUGUCUGUUGUGGGACGAGCAGAAGCAAGGUAUAACUUUGCCUGCCUGGAAGCUCGAGAACAUUGCAAGUCUUUGGGACUGGACAACCCUGUGUGUGAAGUGGCUAGCUACCUCUUUCCCAAUGGACGUGUGCUUGCAGGACACUUACAGGCUCUUGAAUUUUUGCAGAAAAAUUCCCGAAAGUUUCACUUCUCCCGCACUAAAUUGCUGCCGGUCAGUGGUGCCUUCCAUACACGUCUUAUGGCGUCGGCAACUCAGCCGCUCCAGGAGGUCCUGAAGGGAAUCAGUGUGGAGAAACCCCUGAUAUCUGUCUAUUCCAAUGUGGAUGCCAAAAAGUACAUGCACAGUAAACACAUCCAACAACAACUGGUGAAACAGCUGGUUUCACCUGUGAAAUGGGAACAGACCUUGCAUGCCAUGUAUGAGCGGGAACAGGGCACUGAUUUUCCGGACACGUUUGAGGUUGGUCCAGGGAAUCAGCUUGGUGCCAUGUUGAAAAACUGCAACCUGAAGGCAUGGCGAUUCUACAAACAUAUAGAUGUGAAAAUAAAGGAUCUAGAUGAAGAAGAAUGAUUUUUUUUGAUGUUCCUGUGCAGAGAGACUGUUGAAAGAACUACUUGGGUCUGUUCAUUAUCACCAUUUUUGCCAGGUCUGUUUAUAGUGCCAUCAGGAAAGAAGAAACUUAUAUAACUUGUGGAAAUUCUUCAUGCACUUUUAUUAAAAUCAACAUUUAGAGUACCUAUUGCUGAUUUUUGAGUUGUGAACUGUCAGCCUUUUAAUGAAGAGGACUGGCAGAACGUAACAUCUCCCACUGGUCCAAAUAAAAAGCAAGAAAAUACCAAGUA